AUGUCAAAUGAAUCAAGCCAGCAAUCCAUGCUUACUGAGAACCCACUGGUCAAGUUCUGGCAGACGAAUAACUAUAAAAAUUCGAUCACUAGUCCCAUUCAUCUCCAGGCCCCAACCAACUUUCAAACGGGAACGUUUCAGACUCAGGCUAACAAUGUUGAAGCAAUUGGUAAUAAUAACUCAAUGAAUGUGAAUGCCCCAAGUUAUGUUCCUUACAAUUACAGCAACAAUCACCAGCAUUAUGAUAAAUACUACAAUAAUCAGAGUUGCGAGCUUUACGAUAGGUCGUCGUUGCAAAAUUUUGCAAUCAAUGCUAGUAAAAAGGAUAAGUUACAGGAGGAACUCGAAAGGACCAAGGUGGAUUUAGUGAUUAAAAACCAACUCAUUAAGAAUCUUUCAGAUCAAUUAAAUUCACUCAAUAAAUUAAAAAAUGUGAAACAUGGUCCAAGCAACACCUUCAAAGUUCCUCAAAAUUAUUACGAGCUAUUUAAAGAUUUAACUAAGAGCUUGAAAGAAAAGACUGUUGAACUCGAAGAGACAAAAGAAAGAUUGGAAUCGAUAGUUGUUGCAUUAUCUAUGAAUAACCAACGCUCAUUGCUGGUUAAUGGCGAGUUUGAUGAACAAGAAUUGGCCCAUAAAAUUAUCAAUAAGCUUUCAUUGUUGCAAAGCGAAAACGAAAAUUUGUUAAAGAUGAUUAGCUCGAGUAAUAAGCUGAGCUUAAUAAUUGAAUUGGGGCUCUUGAAGAAUGAAAAUUGCCAACUUAAAGAAAAAUUAAAGAAUUUUGAAAAGUAA